CCACUCACCCCACCCACCCCCCGCUCUCCUUUCGCGAUGACUGAUCUACCCACCCAGCCAAGGGGAGGGGAAGGGGAUGUCUAUAAAAGGGAGAGGACUCCUUGGGUCGGAGGUAACCUCGCAGCGUCUGGUGGCUCGCGGGCUGGCAAGGCAGGCAGCGGGAGAACAGAGCGGAAGGCAGCAGGCACCAUGGCAGAAGAUCUUCAGUUAGAGACCUGGGACCUGAAAUGCGAGGAGAACAACCUGAAGCACAAGACCGCCGAAAUGGGGUCCCAUCAGCUCCUCGUACGCCGAGGGCAGCCGUUCCGGAUCUCACUGACCUUCGCCGGCAGAGCGUAUGAAGCAGGCGUGGACAAACUGACCUUCGUUACGGAGACAGGACCUUGCCCCAUCGAGACCUCCGGGACCCGCUCCCCUUUCCCUCUCUCUUGCUCUCUGGAGGGCUCGGCCUGGAGUUCGGCCGUGGAGCAGCAGGACGGGCUGACCCUCUCCGUCUCCAUCUCCUCCCCUCCGGACGCCCGCAUCGGCCGAUACCGCCUGGUCCUGGACGCCUCCACCCAGUUCCAGGGCUCCAGCUUCAACCUGGGCGAGUUUGUCCUGCUCUUCAACCCCUGGUGUCCAGAGGACUCCACCUACAUGGAGAACAAUGAGGACCGGGUGGAAUACGUGUUGACCCAACAAGGCCUGAUCUACCAAGGAUCGAAGGACUAUAUCAUCCCCAUCCCAUGGAACUUCGGACAGUUUGAAGAGGACAUUUUGGACAUCUGCUUGCAGUUGCUGGACACCAACCCCAAGUUCCUCCUCAAUCAAGACAAGGACUGUUCUCGACGCAACAGCCCCGUCUACAUCAGCAGGGUGGUGAGCGCCAUGGUCAACUGCAACGAUGACAAAGGGGUCCUUUUCGGACGCUGGGACAACCGCUAUGCCGAUGGGAUCAGCCCCACGACCUGGAGUGGGAGUGUGGACAUUCUACGGAGGUGGCAGAAGUACGGAUGCCAGCCGGUUCGAUACGGGCAAUGCUGGGUCUUCGCCGCAGUGGCCUGCACAGUGCUCCGCUGCCUCGGGAUCCCGACUCGCGUGGUGACCAACUAUAACUCCGCCCACGACACCAACGGGAACUUGACCAUCGAGCAAUAUUUGGACGAGAACGGGAAGCUGCAGAAGGGCAACCGGGAGCUCAUCUGGAAUUAUCAUUGCUGGGUGGAAUGUUGGAUGGCCCGUCCAGACCUUCCCAGCGGCUAUGACGGAUGGCAGGCCUUGGACCCAACUCCGCAGGAAAAGAGUGAAGGAGUCUACUGCUGUGGGCCAACUCCGGUGAAAGCCGUCAAGGAUGGACAGCUGGACUUCAAGUACGAUGUGAAGUUCGUCUUUGCUGAGGUCAACGCCGAAGUGGCCUACCUGAUGCUUCAGAGCGACAUGUCCCGCAAGAAGACCAUACACCCCACCUUUGUGGGCAAGAACAUCAGCACCAAGAGCGUGGGGAAGGACACCAAGGAAGACAUCACCCACACCUACAAGCACCAGGAAGAUUCGGAAGAGGAGAGAGCCUCCUUCGAGCAGGCGAAGCACGAGAAGAUGCCGGCCCUUCAGGAGGAAGGUCUGGGCCUCCGGAUCAAGGCUUCCGAGGGGAUGAACAACGGCUGCGACUUCGACGUCUUUGUGGUCAUCAACAACAACACGCCCGAGGAACAGCCCUGCCGGCUGAGGAUUUCGGCCGCUACCACCAGCUACAACGGGGAGCUGGGCUCCGAAUGCGGCUACAAGGACCUGCUAAAUGUCAACCUGGAGCCCAACGCAGAAAGGACAGUGCCCUUGCGCAUCCUCUACGAGAAAUAUGGCAACUGCCUGACCCCGGACAACAUGAUCAAGGUCACAGCCGUUCUGCAGCAGUUGGAGCAGCAGAAGAUCCUGCUCGGGGUGAGGGACUUCCACAUCAAGAACCCCGACGUCAAAAUCCGGGUUUUGGGGGAGCCGAUGCAGAAUCGCAAACUGGUGGCCGAGCUGACCCUGAGCAACCCCCUCCCCACCGCCCUGACCAGCUGCGUCUUCACCAUGGAGGGGGCCGGACUGACCGGGGGGCAGAAGGUCCAGCAGCUAGAUACGUCCGUCGAACCUGGGGAGGAAGCGAAAGUGAGGAUCGACUUCGUGCCCCAGCAAUCCGGCCUGCGGAAGUUGGUGGUGGAUUUCGAGAGCGACCAUCUGAAGGGGGUGAAGGGCUACCGUAACGUCAUCAUUGCCCCCCUGCGCAAAUAAAACCAGAAGACCCCCCAACCGAAAAAGCCAAACUACUCCAGGAGCCCCCCAGAUGCCAGGGGUCGGGGGAUCUCUUCCUGCCUGCACCCAUAGCUAUGCAUCCAGAUGCUUCUCCUACCCCUGCGGUGCUGCCCCUCCCCACAGCUGGCUGGAGGGCGCCCCAGACACCCUAGACUUGACAGGCUGAAAUUGGGGAGGGGGUGGCAAGUCUCUACUCGGGAUGUGCACCCAAGGAGAAGCGCCCCUUUUGGGAUGUGACUUCAAGGGGGUGUCCUGCCCUGCCGUGCCAGGGGGUCCCACGACCCUCAGAGUUCGCCUACAUGGGUCCUUUCAACCCUACUAAGAUGUUGGCCAUUAAUUCUGGUUACCUGAGAUGGCUGGGAGGUGAAGGGGAGGGAGGGUCCCACGUUGUCAACUUUAAGACUUACGGACCUCAACUUUAAGACUAGUGAACCUCAACUCCCAGAAUUCCCCAGCCAGCAAAGCUGGCUGGGGAAUUCUGGGAGUUGAAGUUCACAAGGGUUGAAAGAUGCCAAGGUUGGACACUCCUGGUUAGGGAGUUCCUCUAUAACUGCCCUCCCAAUUAUGUGUAGCCUUUGAAGGCCUCCAGAGAAAGACCCAGAGACCUCCCCUAGGAGAAGACCAUGUCAACCCUCUGCUUCCCCCCAUCGUGAUGUCUCACCAAGAAUGAAACGAUCUCCUGCCUCCCCCUGGCACGGCAGCCCAUCAAAACAGGGUUGAGGUUGGUUGGGGAGAACUAUCAGCCUUCUCCAUGUUGCUUUGCCCUCUCCCUCUUCCCCUUAUUCCCCCUUGGCAAGCUUUGGCUAGGAUGGCACACUGCUGGCAUGAAAGAAGUCCACCAUUGCUUGCAUGACUACGCAAUCCCUAAGGCACUCCGAUGGCUUAUUGUUUAGGGGACAACCUGUCGUUUCUCAGAGCGUGACACUCCUGGGUUUGCCUGCUGGACCAUGGAGGGGUUUUUUUUCCCCAUCAGGAUGCCUGAUUUCUGAUGACCCUCAAGUACAUUGCUGGCACCCCUUCCUUGACCAUGAAGUACCAACAUUUGGAGCCUCCACAAACCACGUUCCCUGAAGCCACCUGGCUACGGAGCAUGUAUCUCAACCUCAGCUGUUUGGAGAUGGGUGGGCUUCCACAGCCAGCGGAAUUCUGGGAGUUGAAGUCCACCCAUCUUCAAGUUUGAAAGAUAGCAAGAUCUCAAGAACAGCAUUUUACAUGACUUCCACCCCCUACUUGGAAGAAGAGGGGAAAUUUCCUGAUCAUUUUUUUUUUUUGACAGCUGUGUGUCUGCUGAGGGUGUGCAUGCGUUUGGUUCCUUCAAUCCUUGGGUGGGACUUAGAAUAACACAGCAGGGAAAGAAAAGGGCUGGGAAGCAGAACGUCAAUGAAUUGUGGCUGGAGAACAUCUAAACCUUCACCAAACUGCCUACCAGAAAGUGUUUUUGAAAGAAGGAAGGGGUUGUAUGGUCCAUCCACUGCUGGGGCUCCACUCCAAGACCCACAGAGAGGGUUCCUUCUCUAAAAGCACCAAAUGUAAUGGAAAAAAAUCCUCCAGGUAGACAGCAAAACCAUGGAGGCUACCAAAAAGUGCCUUCAAAAAUAAGUCAGCAUCAAGUUGCUGACAAUUGAUCAACUCUCCCUUGACCACCUUCCGAGUUUUUCUCAAGAAACAUCUUGAAGAUGGGUGAGCUUCAACUCCCAGAAUUCCCUCUGGAGCAUCCGCAAACCAUGUCCUGAAGCAACCUGGUUAGAUCAGUGUUUCUCAACCUUGGCCACGUGAGGAUGGGUGGGCUUCAAUUCCCAGCAUUCCCCUUCCAGCAGAUCCUGGGAGUGGAACUCCACUCACCAAGUGACCGAGUUUGAAAAACGCUGGGUUGGAGAGAUAGCAAGAUCCCAGGGACCUACUGGACUCCGGUGGCUCUCUGCUACCGACAGCCAUGCUGCUGGGCCAUAAGGAACAUGAGAAGGCAGCAUGAGAAGAAAAGGGGUAGAGAUGUGGAAAAGAAGACUCUGCCUCCUUCCACACUCACACACCAUUUCUGGACAAGAUCAGGUUGGCUUUUUCAGGGAGCCGGGAGUCACUUGCCUAAGGUGUGGCUUACCAUGAAUGCCAGCUGCUUGGGCAGCUGUGCUUUUCCAGCUGUGUUACUGGUUCUGAGUCAACCCAGCAUGUUUUGGCUCCCUUAUCAAGGAAGGUGCUUGGCAGCCAUUCAGCAACACAGCCAGAGAUGGGCAAGACAAGCACAAAGGAUGGAUGGAUGGAUGGAUGGAUGGAUGGAUGGAUGGAUGGAUGGAUGGAUGGAUGGAUGGGCUGAGGAGGUCAGAGUGGGUGGCCAACUAAGAAUGACCAGUUGAGAAGACCCAGACCAGGCUGUUCCAGAUCUGGUGGACUACAGAAUGAAUAGAGGUCAGGGAGAGUUGGCCAACUAAGAAUGACCAGUUGAGAAGACCCAGACCAGGCUGUUCCAGAUCUGGUGGACUACAGAAUGAAUAGAGGUCAGGGAGAGUUGGCCAACUAAGAAUGACCAGUUGAGAAGACCCAGACCAGGCUGUUCCAGAUCUGGUGGUCUACAGGAUGAGUAGAGGAGGUCAGGGACAGUUGGCCAACUAAGAAUGACCAGUUGAGAAGACCCAGACCAGGCUGUUCCAGCUGUGGUGGUCUACAGAAUCAAUAGAGGUCAGGGAGAGUUGGCCAACUAAGAAGGACCAGUUGAGAAGACCCAGACCAGGCUGUUCCACCUCUGGUGGUCUACAGAAUCAAUAGAGGUCAGGGAGAGUUGGCCAACUAAGAAUGACCAGUUGAGAAGACCCAGACCAGGCUGUUCCACCUCUGGUGGUCUACAGAAUCAAUAGAGGUCAGGGAGAGUUGGCCAACUAAGAAGGACCAGUUGAGAAGACCCAGACCAGGCUGUUCCACUUCUGGUGGUCUACAGAAUCAAUAGAGGUCAGGGAGAGUUGGCCAACUAAGAAUGACCACUUGAGAAGACCCAGACCAGGCUGUUCCAGCUCUGGUAGUCUACAGGAUGGCCGGGGACAGUUGGCCAACUAAGAAGGACCCCUUGGGAAGCCUUUUCCAGCUGUGAUGGUCUACAGCCAUUCUUAUCAGCUGGAUUGAGGGGAGGAUGAGGCCAGGCCAGGCCAGCUGGAUUGUAUCAAGUGGGAGAGGAGCGUCUGGGUCUCCACCUCUUCCAAGCUUCCAAGGAACGUGAUGUCCUUAAAACUUUCUUGGGGCUGGUAGAGCCCAACCACGUUACCUUUUGACCUGGUGCGUUUUGCAUGCUCUGGAUUCCCAGUCCUUCGGCUCCUGCCCAGCCACACCCUGCUUAGCACAUACUUGCAAACCCAGAGCCUCCACCAGCGCACGGAGAGAUUCGAGAGGCAGAUGUAGUUUAUAAGCCCUCAAAAGUCAUUAAAAAAAAAAUCUCGUCAGAUGUUUACUUGCAUUGCAACCCUUCUGGGUCUGAUGGCCUUUGCAAAUGACGGAGAGCCGACGGGGAUUUAUUUUGCAAUCACUCAAUAAAAAGUUUAUUUUCCACCUUG